UUUAGAAUUCAAAUAAACUACAUAGAGCACAGUGAUACACAUAACAAUAAACAUAAACAAAGACUAGGCUUGACCAUGUUCCUGCAAUGUCCCUCGGUGUUGCGAGUCUCUAAACACGUUGCACAUGACACUAGCGAAUUCAGUUCUGGGAGCCGCCAGAACACGGACAUUUUGAGCGAUUGCUGGUUGGAGUCAAAUAGUAGUCAGGAUUCCUGCUCCGGGCAAUCUAGUCGACUGAAACUUGCCCUCCUGGAUUACAAACAGUUUAAGGCGGCAAGGACCGUUCAGUGUCAUGUGAGGGGAUUUUUGGCCAGAAGGAAUCUUAAGAGGCAGAUCGCUGCUGCCACCACUAUUAGCAGGUGUUGGCGUGGCUUCUGGGUGCGCAAGUCGAAGUUCUCCUUUAUGCAGCAGCUGUUGCAGCAGAGGAUCAUCCAGUACCACCACGACAUGGCCACCAAGAUCCAGGCCCUGUUCCGCGGAUGGAUGACUCGCCAGUACUUCCAGGACUUCCAGGGCAUGAAGUCGCUCCGAAUACAGUAUGUGGAAGACAUGAUUAGUUCGCUCUACAGAAAGCUCCACAAAAUGCGAAAGGAACAUUUGCUACCCGGAAUUUAUGCACUAAGAGAAUCUGACUUACUAAGUAAGAUCGAGGACCUUUCGUGUACCUUUGGCUACCGCUUCCAUAACGGACGAGUGCGAGCAGCCAUUGCCAUGAAGCGAUCUUUCUUAAACGACAGGCGACAUGAGUUCCGAAAGGGAAAAACCUAUUCCAAAGCGCCGUAUCCGGGACCCUUCAUCGAAAACCUUCCCGACUUGGAACUUACCUUGCCGAAGAGAAUGACACCGCGCUUGCAGCGUACGAUUCUGGUAUACGACAAAUCGAUGAGGGAUAAGUACGUACAGAAGGUGUACAUGAACUAUUCAACCAAACGCCGUAUGAGCAUGCAUGUCCUGCGAGAGAGUAUGCGAAAUCGAUUUUGCAAGGAUUUCGUGAAGCGCAUUAUAGCCAAAAGGAACAUGGCACGAAACGCAUAUGAGUACAAAAGCACCAAAUUCUAUCUGGACGAUCUUCUUACGACCGCCGAUGAAUACAAUUGUUUUUGCAAGCCCCAGGUAAAAGAGGAUAGCUUGUGCCAAUAGGUUGUCUCAGCAAGUGCUGCGAAAAUCUAUUUUCACAUUCGAUCUCUUUUGCAUUUUGGGUUCUUCAAAUUGUGAUCCUGUAUUCAAAAUAGUUGCAGCAUUAGCUUCAAAAGAAA